CCCUGUUUAUAAUUCACUUCAAAGUCGAUAACUUUACCCGAGAUUCAAUUCAUCAUCUAUAUAUAUACGAUCUCUGUUGGCUAUCCAUCGAAAUAGUGACGGAAAGAAGGAGAUAAUAGGAACCCUUUUCAUGGUAUCAGCAACUGGUGGAGCUACGAGGUCGCGCGGGACUAUGAUUUCAGGUCAAUCUGUCUCUACAAGCGGCAGUGUUGGGUCUCCUUCCACUCGCAGUGAAGCGGCUAUGGCGACUCCUCCUGCCAGUGAUAACACUUUUCUGAAACUAAGCCAUCUUGAUAUACAAGAUGACGAUGCUGGAUCUCUAGGAGCUAUAGGUAGCAGGAAGAAGAAGAGGGGUCAAAGAGCGACUGGAGGAGAUAAAAGUGGCAGAGGUCUACGCCAGUUCAGUAUGAAAGUGUGUGAGAAAGUUGAAAGCAAGGGAAGAACCACAUACAAUGAGGUUGCUGAUGAACUUGUGACUGAAUUUGCUGAACCUGGUUAUAGCAUGGCAUCUCCAGACCAGCAGCAAUAUGAUGAAAAGAACAUAAGGCGAAGGGUAUAUGAUGCACUCAAUGUACUCAUGGCAAUGGAUAUAAUUUCCAAGGACAAAAAAGAAAUUCAAUGGAAAGGUCUUCCUAGGACUAGCCUGAAUGACAUUGAAGAGCUAAAGGGAGAGCGUCUUGGGCUGGGGAGCAGGAUCGAGAAAAAAACAGCUUAUUUGCAAGAGCUGGAGGACCAAUAUAUAGGUCUUCAGAAUCUUAUAAAACAAAAUGAACAGUUAUAUGGCUCGGGUGACCCUCCUAGUGGAGGCGUGGCUUUGCCUUUUAUACUCGUGCAGACGCGUCCCCAUGCAACUGUCGAGGUAGAGAUAUCUGAAGAUAUGCAGCUGGUGCAUUUUGACUUCAACAGCACUCCUUUCCAGCUGCACGACGACAACUACGUCAUGAAGGCAAUGAAGUUCGGUAGAAGAUCACAAGGCGACGAAUCAUUGCCUUUGACCAACAAUAUCUCAACCGAUAUAGGCGAAGGAGGAUCAAGUAUGUAUCAAGAAGCCCAAAUCUCGCAAUCAUCAAGACAAAACAUUCAGAGACAACAACACAGUUCGCCUCCUCUUCCAGGAAUCUUGAAAGCACGAGUUAAGAUUGAACAUUAGGCUUUUCAUAUCUAAAACAACCUGUUCGGUUUUCUUAUUUAUUUAUUUAAGGGCUAGUAGGAUCUUGUAUAUCGUGUAGAUCGACAAGACAGUUUAUGGUAUUUCUGUUGUCGUAGGUUUUAUUGUUAUUAAUGUAUAACAUGUUAGAUUCAGAUGACAUGAAAUUUGAAGACGCAUAAAUAAAAAUGAUCCUAUUUUAUGCUUCUUUUCUUGA